AUGGAUCCUGUGGCUUUGGAAAAGAUUUUUGUGGAGUUGAUCUUUUGCGGUACCACCGAUGACUUCUGCGGCAGCGGAUGCCAGAAUGGCUGCGACGCCAUCAAAGAACCUACAUGUUCUGCAUCAUCUAGCGAGGCCGUCUACAUUGGCUACUAUGAAGGCUGGAACCCAACCCACCCUUGUGAUGUUGUCUUGCCUGAAAACAUCAAUGUUGAUCCGUGGACCCACCUCUACUAUUCUUUCGCCGGCAUCAGUACGUCUGACUUUACCAUCACCACGACCCAUGACAAGGAUAAGGAAUAUUGGUCAAGGUUCACUGCCCUCAAGAAGAAGAAGCCGUCGUUAAAAACGUACAUUUCUGUCGGGGGAUGGGACCUGGGAGGAGAGGUAUUUUCCCACAUGGUACAAUUUCCAGGGGCACGCAAGGCUUUCAUUAGUUCAGCGCUCUCGAUGAUGUCCGAGUAUGGGUUUGACGGAAUUGACAUCGACUGGGAAUAUCCCGCUGCCGAGGAUCGUGGUGGCGCAUCGACCGAUACCGAUAACUUCGUGACUUUUCUCUCCGAAAUGAGAGCCGCUUUGGGAACAGAGUACGGUCUUACUUGCACUAUACCAUCUUCCUACUCUAACAGUCAACAAGGGUAUCUGAAAGGCUUCAAUGUUACGGGGAUGGAGCCCUACGUUGACUAUUUCAACUUCAUGUCAUAUGAUAUUCAUGGUACUUGGGACGGCAAAAGCAAGUGGACGAGUUCUGACGUGAACCCCCACACCAACCUUACCGGUAGGCUAACUUCAUUCACAGAGAUCUCUUCUGGACUUGAUCUCUUGUGGCGCAAUGGAAUUGACCCUGGCAAAGUUCUGCUCGGCCUGGGGUUCUAUGGACGGUCAUUCACGUUGGCUGAUCCUUCAUGCAAUACUCCGGGGUGUCCCUUCAAUACUGCAAACAACAGCACUGGUGGGGGAGUUGCUGGAGAGUGCACCCAGACUAGUGGAAUCCUAUCAGACUACGAGAUCAAUCGCAUCAUGCAAGACUAUUCAGUCAAUAUUAAGUAUGAUGAGACAUCUGGAGUGAACUGGAUGACAUGGAGCGGAAAUCAAUGGGUCUCAUUUGACAAUGCUCGCACUUUGAAGCAAAAGGCAGACUUUGCCAAUAGCAAAUGUCUAGGAGGUUUAUUCAGCUGGGCUCUCGAUAUGGGUGGGCCUGGGUCUCUCAAGAAUCCGAACGAAAUGUCUUCUAGCGACACCGGCAUGGGUGGUGCCAAUACUGAAGGAGGAAGUGAUGGCACUGGUGUCGUCUAUGUGGGGCCGGAGGUGUUUACCUCGCCAACUGUAACUGCAAUAGCCCCUGUCGACAUUAUAUUUCCUCAGGAUAUCCUUGGCAGCCCGACAGUGAUUUCGCCCGAGUCAUACCCAACAAGCUUGGAGGUUGUCUGGAAUACCACGACGACCGUCACCUCGGGUACAUCCACUGGCGUCAGCACGGGAACAACCCGCUAUAUCAUGCCCACCAACAUCGCCGUGCCCCCAGUGACGAUCGGAACCAUCAGCUAUUAUAAUUGGAACAUCACCAAUCCACACAUAACCUCUGCACAUGGAACCUUAAUCCCCAGCAUCGACCUACCCCCCGUGACAGUCAUCGAUGACCCGAAUCCACUAAAUGAAACAGGCAUUUCUCACUCCCCACUGGGUACGCGGGUGAUCCACAUCCCUCCUUGGCCGUGGUCGACUGGGGGCACAGUAUAUCCGAAUGUCACUUUCAAUCAAGGCAGCCCUCCUGGUCCGACAUGUACUGCCAACUGUGGUCACAAGUGCAGCAACUUUUGCGAUGGACCCUGCCUAACGGAUUGCGGUAAAAAUAGCUCUUCGGGAUUUAUCGAUCCCUUGGAUACUGACCCACCAUCGGUAAACAAGUGCUCGGGCCCGGGAUGUGUCAAUGGAAAAUGCACAGGACAGGGGCUCUGUAUUGAGCGUGGUUGUACUGGCUCUGAUUGUCAACAUCGGGUGUGCGUGGGAGAGAACUGCACUCCUACUGCAUGUAGUGGGCGAGACUGCAAGGAUGGGCACUGCACUGGAAGCAAGUGUAAGGAUCAUGGCUGUAUUGGCACUGAUUGCAAUGGUUAUGACGAUGAGAAUGAUAGCGGAGAUGAUAGCGGAGAUGAUAGUGGUGAUGACGGAGACGACAGCGGAGAUGAUGGGGAUGACAGUGGUGAUGAUGGAGAUGAUAGUGGUGACGACAGCGGAGAUGAUGGAGACGAUAGUGGGGAUGAUCAUAGUGGAAGUGACGCUGAGGGGGCAUGCUUUGGCUUUGAAUGCCUCUCUUGGGGUUGUAUCGGCGUCGAUUGUUCUUCCUCAACGCAUACCUGCACAGGUCCGAAAUGCCGUGUAGUUAGCUGCAGUGGUCCGGGCUGCAAGAACGGCAUAUGCAACGGAGACAAGUGCAAUUCAGAGGACACUGACUGUGAUUCAAGGGAGGCAGACAGAUGUACCGAGUAUAUCUCCAGCACUCUCGUCACUCCAGCCUCUACAUACUCCAUAACUACCGUUACCAGCCAAUGCUCCACUAUCACUGCAUGCUCAGCGAAUCCUUCCACAAUCACCAGCACAAUAACCGGAGAUGGCCUGACGGAGGGCACGAUUACUGCAGUGGACUCAACUGUGUCUGAAGACCCCGCCCUCUGGACAAUGAUACUGGACGACCUUAGCAGUUACUAUUCCAUGGCUUAUGACACUAACUCGUCGACAAGCACCAGCAGCACGUUCAGCACCAUGAGUACAUCUACGACUCAUUCGACGACCUCAACGACGACCUCCACUACUGCCUUCGCGUCGGAAACAGGCUAUAACUGUAAGGGAUCUUCGCGCUGCGGUACCUUUUCGAACCUACGGAGUUUCUGCGACAAGGCAAAGGAUGACCUAUUAGGCACGGUGACCUACGGCACCACUAAGAAAGACACAAACUCUGGAACAUGUUAUACCGACGGCAUGAACGCAGGAUUUGGAUGCGGUGUGUUUGUCGAGGGAGAUAACUGCGAAAUGACAGGGGCUGAGCUGGCAGCGCACUACGACCAUAUCAUGCAAUCCUCCGGUGGUGGUUGCAAGAUAUGUGGUCACGCUCUGUUAUCUAAUGGCUGCAAGGUGACAGUGAAUUAUGUGAGCCAUUGCCAAAAUACCGAUGGCAUCUUCCAGCCUGCUGGAAACGAUGGUCCGGAUGAGGAUGUGGAAACUUCUGCUUCUCUGAGACCUUCUCCUACUCCCCUGCCUACUACAAGCCACGGGGUAUUUAAUUAA